AUGCCGCAGCCUUUGAGCGACAAAGCCAAGGGGAAACAGCGUGCGGUCGAGUCUGUUCCCGCCCCGCCCGCGACUCGACAGCUCGUAAUUCGCUUUACUGACGGGAUACCCGACCUCGAACUUACUUUGGGCAAAGAUGAUUCAGUUCGGGGGUUGAAGGCCAGCAUUCGAGAGAAACGGCCACAGCUCCAGCAGCGACGGCUAAAGCUCAUUCACGCCGGCCGCCUAUUGACAGCAGAAAUCAAACCGUUUGACUGGCUACAGUCUCUGGAGGACCGACAACGCCGCGCUUCUGCGCGAGAUGAAGCCACGUCUGCGUCCACUGCACCGUCGGCUAGCGAGGACCACCAAACAGCCAGGGCUUCUGCGCCCUCGACCGUCCUUCCAACCGCAUAUUUGCAUUGUUCCGUAGGUCCAGAAAUAACUGCGGAGGAAGUAGAAGAUAGGGAGGAUGGGCAGACAACCCAGAUCAGGCCUCUGCGAGGUUUUGAUCGUCUGGCAGGCGCCGGCUUCUCCGAAGCAGACAUAGCCAAUUUCCGGCGCCAAUUUCAUGCGGGCGCGGCAGAUUCCCUCGCACUUGCUGAGUUCGCGACUCAAGAAGAGUAUGAAGAAUAUGCGCGGACUCUCGAGGAGCAAUGGAUCGAGAGUAUAGAUAAUGCUGGGCUCGGUUCUCCCUCCACAGACUCCAACGCCGUUCUACAAGGGGUACUAUUGGGAUUCUUUAUGCCCUUCCUGCCCUUCUUCUACUUCGCAUCUCCGAAGCUCCCCGUCUUUUGGUCUUCCGGAGACCCAGUUGAAACUCUCAACUCGGUCAUCUUCUCGCGCAGGAUGCAAAUGGGUCUGGUAGUCGGCUUCGCGAUCAACGUGUUACUUGGACUAUGGCGUUACUUGUGGGGAUCUAUAUAA